AAUGCAUCGACGGUAUUUUGUGUCAGACGCUUUCCAAAAUGAAGUUACUCCUGCUGUUAUCCGUUGCCGUAUUGGGUUUAGCCGCCGCUGCACCGGCGGACGAUUUAAGGACUUUGGAUCAUAGCCCAUAUCCUCGAUACAUCCAGUUCCCAGAUGGCGACGGAAACAUGCAGGAUGUAGACCUGGAGGCCGAACCUGACUACGAACUCCUCAAUGAAAUCACGAGAAACCCUGCCAACAAUUUGUAUCUAUUGUACACAAGACGAAACCCUCGAAACCCCCAGACCCUGGUGAUGAACAAUGCCAACUCUAUCACCAGCUCCAACUUCAACCGCAAUUUGCCUACCAUGGUCGUCGCUCACGGGUGGUUGAGCAACCAGAAAAGCUCUUUGAACCCUGUCAUCAGAGACGCUUACCUGGGAAUAGCCGAUGCCAACGUCAUCAUCAUUGAAUGGAGACGACUUGCCAUGUCUGACUACGUAACAGCUGUUCUCGGUGUCCCUGCAGUCGGCAGAGGCUUGGGCCAGUUCCUCAACUUCCUCCACCGAACCACUGGAGCUCCUUUCGAUUCCAUGCACCUUGUUGGAUUCAGUUUGGGCUCUCAUUUGGUUGGAAAUGCUGGUAGAGAACUUGGCGGAAGAGUUUCCAGAGUUACUGGUCUUGACCCCGCUGGACCUCUAUGGGUAUACAACAGCAACAAGAUCAACCAAAACGAUGCCAGAUACGUCGAAGGUAUCCACACUGACGGUGGCUACCUCGGUCUUGGCAUCGGCGAUGCUAUUGGCAACGCUGACUUCUUCCCCAACGGUGGAAAGUCACAGCCUGGGUGCCUCACUGGCAUCUGCGAUCACAACCGUGCUUGGGAAUUGUUCGCUGCCACCGUUACUCACAACCAUCUCAUCGGUCGCCAGUGCGACAAUGCCUGGCAGAUCACUUGGAACAACUGCAAUGGACCUGAACACAGAAUGGGCAACAGCGACCUGAGGAAGUGGGGAGUUGGCAAAUAUCGUCUCAACACCCGCCGAAACUACCCGUUUUAAGUAAUGACUGACUGAAGAAACUUUCUACUAAACUGACUACUGCGAUUUUGUGAAAUGAAAUAAAAAGUAUAUAUUUCCUAGUAAUAUAAUAUAA